CGAAAGUUGGCGCUCGCAGUCUUUCCGUUGUCAAUAACGGACGCAGUGUCCCGGCACAAAAUUCCGGAAACGUCUCGUUUGUGGAAUUCGGCGGCCAUCCGGAUGUAAUUUCGAGUUGUCGCGGGUUGAUUCGUACGUGUGCGAACAUUUGGGAAAAGAGGACGCGUUGUCGAUCGUGGCACGCGAAUCACUGCAUCGGAAGAAUUCGCAAAACGGGCGUGCCUUGGAUACUCGGCGACGAGACGAGACGAAACGGGACGAGACGGGACGGGACGGGACGGGACGAGACGAGACGGUACGGGGACGAAACUUCCCUCGCGCAAAAAUAUACAACGGCAAUACGGAAACCGAGGAACGGGCAACGAUCGCGAUCGCGACUGCGACUGCGACUGCGGCUGCCACUGCGACUGCGGCCAGGACAAAGGGGACGACACGAAGUACGGGAACGGCGGUUGGUUCCACGGGGACGUCCACGACGACGAGGAUCGAGCGACAUCCCUCGGCGACGGUCACCUCGGGGACGAUAACCGACGAUAACGGGGAGAAUAUCGAGGACGUUAACGAGGACAAGAGCGGGAACGGAAAACUACCGCGGUGCAGUGGAGGCUGAGCCAAUGCGACGCACCGCCGCGCGGAUUUGAAUACGAACGAACCCAUAACUGUCAACGGUCGAAUUCGAGGCGCUCGCGAACAAACGCCGUCUCUCUUCCUCGCGUAUAUCACAAUAUAUCGCGGUUAUUCGGUUAUCCGGUGAACAGCCGGCUAUUGCUCGGUGGUGGCUACAGGAGGUGGCGUGAGAACGCAAAUAAAUGACCAUGGAUCACGGCAUGUGCGACAUUCAAACCGGAUACAGCAUUAAUAUCAAGAGGACGGACGGUCGCGUCCACUCGGCUGUCGUUUCUGGAGUGAAUUGGGAACAGCGAACCGUCACCGUAGAAUGGUUCGAACGAGGAGAGACCAAAGGAAAGGAGGUCGAGAUCGACGCGAUCCUCGCGUUGAAUCCCGAGCUUAUGAACCAGAAGGCGAUGGGACCUCCGCAGACGCCACAGAUCAACAACCAUUCUGUCUCGUCCUCCAGAGCCAGGCAUUCUAUGAAGCAGUCGAUCCCGGUGAAAGCGGGCUCCAAUAGGCAAUUGUCGCGACAGACGGGUCGACCGACAAAUAUAAUGCCACCUGCUACGCCAGUCAACGGACACGGAGAUUCGGUCACCGGUUUAACGGCGCGGCGGGAACUCGAAAACAUACCGCCGACGCCCACAACCGGUGCUGUUCCUUUCAACGUGAACGCCCAAGGGAAACCGAAGCAACAGCAGCUGCAACAACAGCAGCAGCAGCAACAACAACAGCAGCAACAACAACAGAUACAGUCUCAGCAGCAAGCACAGGUGGAGAAUGGUCGAGGCAGACGUUCGAACGUUGUCAAAGAGGUCGAGAGAUUAAAGAAGAACAGGGAGGAGAGACGACAGAGGCAAGCGGAGCUGAAGGAAGAGAAAGAGGCUAUGAUGAAUUUGGAUCCGGGCAAUCCGAAUUGGGAGUUUCUCGCGAUGAUAAGGGAGUAUCAGAACAGUAUAGACUUCAGACCAUUGCGGGACACGGACUCCGUCGAGGACCAUCAGAUCACGGUGUGCGUGAGGAAACGACCACUGAACAAGAAAGAGAGCGCGCGCAAGGAGGUCGACGUAAUCAGUGUGCCGAGCAAGGACCAAAUGGUGGUGCACGAGCCGAAGGCCAAAGUCGAUUUGACCAAAUACUUGGAGAAUCAGAUAUUUCGAUUUGAUUACGCGUUCGACGAGACCUGUACCAAUGAGAUCGUCUACAAGUACACCGCGAAGCCGCUGGUGCAGACCAUUUUCGAGGGUGGCAUGGCCACGUGCUUUGCCUAUGGUCAAACGGGCAGCGGGAAAACUCACACCAUGGGCGGCGAUUUUAACGGGAGGACGCAGGACUGCAAGAAAGGCAUAUACGCGAUGGUCGCCAAGGACGUGUUCAAGUGUCUCAAAUUGACCAAGUAUCGGCCUUUGAAUCUAGUUAUAUCUGCCAGCUUCUUCGAAAUCUAUUCCGGGAAGGUGUUCGAUUUAUUGGCGGACAAGGAGAAGCUCAGGGUCUUGGAAGACGGGAAACAGCAAGUGCAAAUCGUCGGAUUAACGGAGAAGGUCGUCGAAACCUGCGACGAGGUACUCAAGCUGAUCCAACACGGAAACAGUGCCAGAACGAGCGGCCAGACUAGCGCAAACUCAAAUUCUUCACGUUCACACGCGGUCUUUCAGAUUAUAGCUCGAACGCCAGGCACACAUAGGGUUCACGGAAAAUUUUCUCUGAUCGAUCUCGCUGGAAACGAGAGGGGAGCCGAUACGUCCUCCGCCAACAGGCAAACUCGAAUGGAGGGCGCGGAAAUCAACAAGUCGCUGUUGGCUUUGAAAGAGUGCAUCCGAGCACUGAGUCGCAAGGGCACGCAUUUACCGUUCAGAGCGAGCAAGUUGACUCAGGUGCUAAGGGACAGUUUCAUCGGCGAAAAGUCCAAGACUUGCAUGAUUGCCAUGAUCAGCCCGGGAAUGAGUUCUUGCGAGCAUUCGUUGAAUACCCUAAGGUACGCCGAUCGCGUCAAGGAGCUAGCCGCGACCGAUCCGACAGAAAUGAAAGUUUCUCCGACGGAUGAAGAUCGAGAACCAACGAUCGACGAGCAGUCCAACACUAGCGUUCUAUCGGACAGCGAUUUGGCGCAGCUUCGUUCCCUCAACGAAGGUGAAAUUUCCCAGGAUCUGUACACUUUCCACGAGGCCGUGUCAGCGUUGCAGUUGCUGGAAGAGGAAGUUUUGGAUACGCACAAAAUGGUCAUUGAAAAUACCACCGGGUUUCUCAAUGACGCUCGUACCGUAUUUAGCGCAACGCACGAAGUAGACUACGACCAAGAAGAUUUGAGACGGAAAAGAGCAAAGUUUGAGUCGCCCUACCCAAGGAGGUUCUCGUUGAAUAGACGUCUGAUAGAGAGAAUACAAUUUUCCGACGCGUAUGCCCAAAAAUGGGAGCAGCUACUGAUUGAGCAGCGCAACACCUUGAACGUCGCAAUAGAUCAAGUGAGUCAGUUUCGCGGACAGCUGUUGCAAGAGGAACAGAUCAGCCAGAAGAUGACGCGAACUCGUAACCUGCGACACAACUAAACCCGGAUUUCUUUCACGGAACAGAGUGUGAGAGACCGAUACAACACAGUGGGUUAAGCAGGCAGGGAGGCAGACAGAUGCUUUUAGGCGUUUCUCAAAUACAAAAAAUCUUCAUUCGCUUUUCAUCCGAGCAUAUCCCACUUUUUCACAAUACGUCGUCGAUCGUGCUACUCUAUCCUCGACGUGAUCGUACUAAUUUACGUACAAGGACAAACUUCUAUUCGGAUCUAUCGGUACCUUAAUCGCGCAUACUCGCAAAAGUGCGACGCGCGGAAACUUUGUCGCGAGAAUAAUAUCGAAACCAUCUUUUAUUCUAGCUCGUUGAACGAUUCUUCUUGCCAUCGUGCUAUUUAAUUAUUCGUCGUCCCGGUACAUUCGAAAACCUCGCUGCAAGCAGCGACGUCCGGAUUAAGUUAAGGACCGUUAGACAGUGGAUUUCGGGGCAUCUCGCUCUGUAUGCGAACACGUGAAGCGAUAAACACAAAGCGACAAACGCGAUGCUACAGAAAACGCGAAGCGACAAAAAAAACUCGAAGCGACGAGCGUCCACGACAAGAGUUCAUACAAGAACGAAAAAUAAAACUAAAUGGUUCGUAAACGGUACCUUUUCGUAUACUGAUUCUGUAAAAGCACACGCCCUGCUUAUUCGCGAUGGAUCGAUCGAUAACGACCCAUGCCGAGAACGUAAUCGGUGGAAAUUCUGCUCGAGGAUUUACAUUAACAGUAAUCUCCACGAUUAAUUUAAUCGACUCUUCCUUUUCCUUUCUUUAUUAUUCCCUCGCAGUUUCAUCGUUUCAAUUGGAUUGGUGUUUUUACCGCUUUUGCCAUGCUGCGCGAGUUUUAUUUCAAAACCGGAGAGCCAUUUUGCAAACAAAGUUUGUCCAUCGUCGUGGACGUUGAAGUCUUCAAUGGCGAGCGACCGCGAACAAACAAUAUUUUGUUGCUAUUAAGAGAAACUCCGCGAGUUCUUUCCUCCUCUAAACAAUCUCGUCCGAAACAAAGUGAACUCGGUAAAGUGGUCGGAGAAAUAUCAAACGAGUGUCGAAAAGGCAAGCAAAGGGUAGAGAAAGCGAUCGAAUGCUAACAAACUCUCAAGUGGUAAACAGUCUAUUCGCGUUGUUGGUAAAGUAUGAUUUUUAUAGAAAUAUAUUUAUAUAGGUAACAGUGUCGUUGCAGCGCAUAUUUGUGUAUAGAGAGAAAGAAAGAUGGAGAGGAGAGGGGCUUUUUUGUGCGUAUGUGUACACUACUGUGAGCGUGAGCGUGAGAAAAAGAGACUCGAACAUUUGUCGUAUCGAACGCAAAAUUUCUGUUCACUUAUGAUACGUAUUAAAACUGAAACCGCUUUAAAAAUGGUAAGAA